UUUAACGGUGGGUGGAGCUUCCGGUGGUUGAACACCGGAAAAACUGGCAGUUGUCAAAUGCUUGUGAAUUUUCCGUUUUGUUUUUUACUUUUAAAUUGAGUCCAAAUUCAUUUUGUUUUGUGGUAUAGAAAAUUAGCCUGCAAUAUGCUUUCUAUGGACUUCUUCGAUGACGUGAGGCGGAUGAAUAAACGCCAGCUGUACUAUCAGGUGCUGAACUUUGGCAUGAUUGUAUCCUCAGCCCUAAUGAUUUGGAAAGGACUUAUGGUUGUGACAGGCAGUGAGAGUCCGAUUGUGGUAGUACUAAGUGGAAGUAUGGAGCCGGCGUUCUACCGGGGAGAUCUGCUCUUCCUGACCAACAGAGUGGAAGAUCCCAUUAGAGUUGGAGAGAUUGUGGUCUUCAGGAUAGAGGGAAGAGAAAUCCCAAUUGUGCACAGAGUGCUUAAAAUUCAUGAAAAAGAAAAUGGAGAUAUCAAGUUCUUAACCAAGGGUGACAAUAAUUCAGUGGACGACAGAGGGCUGUACAAACAGGGCCAGCACUGGCUGGAGAAGAAGGAUGUGGUGGGGAGAGCCCGAGGGUUUGUGCCAUACAUAGGAAUUGUUACAAUUCUGAUGAACGACUACCCGAAAUUCAAGUACGCCGUGCUGUUCCUGCUUGGCCUCUUUGUAUUGGUUCAUCGGGAGUGAAGGCGGCUGCGUGUCAGCGAAUCCCCAGCAGAGUUCAUUCCAAACCGCCUCUCAUUCAGGAAAGGCUUUGGUUGGAUACAGCCGUUCAGCUGCUGUUAGAACUGAAGCUGCACCUGGGAUUUGGAAGGAAAUGAUUGGUUUCGUCUCUCUGACUGGGGUUUUUGCAUACGUUGCAAGACCCAAGCUUUAGAAUUAGUCAUUUAUUUCUAAGAUUGGGAUAUCACUUUUUUCACAAUAAAGAUGGGUUCUGUAAGGUCUCAUUUUAUGACUUUGGUACUGCUUUUUUUGCAUUAGCAUUUUUUUCAUGGCUUGCUUGUUCUGAAAAACUUAUUUGUGCACUGGUAAACUGCCAUGACAUAUCAGGUUAUGUUUCAACGCAUUUAAUUGUUUUGUUUUUUUAUUGUGUAUUAAAAACCAAUGGUUUGAGACAUA